GUGGCGGUGUUUCCUCCUUGCGGGGUCCACUGCAGAGGCUGAGCUCUGCCGACUCGCUCCCGCUGUUAUUAUGAUGUCCGCGACGGGGCAACACCCAAGCACGGUGCGGCAAAACAGGCAAAUUACGCGCAGCAUCGCGUCUAAUGAGUGAGUGCGCAUCACGGGAGCGCCAUGAGUCACGACUGAGGUCUGCAAGGAUGUCUUUCAAGGUAAAACGCAGCUUUCUCCAUCCAUCUUUGCCCGGGCAGCCUGCCUGAAACGGCCUGUAUCGUCACGGGACACACGGCAGCAGCAGCUGCUGGUCAAAAGCAGACUGCUGUAUAGUCAGGAUUUGUUUAAUGACGUGAUGUGUUUAAGUAUAAAGGAAAUAGAGGUUACAUUAUACUGACUCCCAACAGUGUAGCACAUGUCUGGGCACAAUAGCUGCAUUAAAUGGCUCACGAGUCUUUGACAAAUACAUCUUGGGUGUUUAUGAACAAUCCUGACUGUUCGGAGAAUACCGGUGGAGAAACAAAACUUCUAAGUUAUUUCUCGUUUUAUCAAUUGUACUUUUGUUGGUUUCCUAUGGGACAGACGUUAUUCGUCUCUUUAAGUGGUGGCAAUCAAUGGUUCUUCACUGAGCUGAACCGGGAUGCAUCUCUCAGGGUCUGCGCGAUGUUUAGAGUUGUUCCCGUUUGUAAAGAUACAGUACAUCUCCUGCUUUGUUUGUUCGUCCUUUUUUAGUUUUUUGAUAAAAAUGGAAAAAAAAAUUCUCCAUUUCCCCUUGUUGUUUAAACACACACUGCACAAAUUUGUGUUAUGGUCAAGGACAAGGACUGGACAGAAAAUAACCAAAAGCUGUCCAUAUAUAACAGUUGAAGGACAUUCAGAAACCUGACUAGCACUACUUCAACAUAGUAAAAAGCAACUGUCCAAGAAAUUACUCAAAAAAUAUCUGGUUAAAAGGCCAGUCAAGUGUUGAAUAAUGAUCAGAAUAUUUAAAAAUGACGUAAUCAAUUAGGCAAAAAUGCAAAGUUAUGUCCAAAUUCUGGUAUUUUAAUGACUAAAAGAAAUUAAUGCAAAUAAAAGAUUGAGAGGUAGAAAAACAAAACUUUAGCGCAAACAAGAAGUUGUGCUUUAACUCUAGGUGUGUUUGCAUCUCAUGGAUUUUUUUUAUUUUUUUAAUUCUAGUGAAGUUUCUCACUUUAGGUAGAGUGAGCAGAAGUUCUUCUCAAGAGCAAUACUUUAUAAAAAAAAUAUAUUACUCAAGGAAAAGUAAAAAGGACAGCCUAGUGAAACUACUUCUAUGGGGUUCUAUUUGUGCCAAAAAAUAUGCUCAUUUGCUUAACAUAUUUUUGGAACAAAUUGAACUCCAUAAAAAAGUACUCCCCCCCCCAAAAAAAAGUAAAAGUAACUGAAUUUUAGGUUGAAGAGUUAGGCUUACCCAAAAAAACAAAAGUUUGGGGUUGCCUAGAGACCACUGAUCUGUCUUUAUGGGUUCUAACCUCUCAGUCACACACAGACACAGCGACCUGUGUGUGUAGCAUCUACUCUUAGUGGUGACACCGAGUCGCACACCACGGCGGUCCCUGUCUGCUGUCAGAGUGUGUAAUGCUAUAAUGGUGGUUUCAGUGUGAGCGGUUGUUGUGUGCAUUUACCCCCGCAGAAGGAAACACCCCUAGCUAACGCCGGCUUCUGGGCGGCCAGGAAGGGAAACCUGGCUCUGCUUCAGCUGCUGCUCAACAGCGGGCGAGUGGACGCCGACUGCAGAGACAGUGUACGGAUCCUGCAUGCCCCCCGGCCGUUCAGCCGCAGGCUUUAACCGUAAACCGCCAGAGAUGCAGAGAGCAUCGAGCGCUACCUCUGUGAAGCAUGUGCUUGUGUUUUAUGGAACGACUGCGCUGAUGGUGGCGUCGUACAGCGGCCAUUUUGAGUGCGUCAAAGAGCUAAUUAUGCAAGGAGCAGACAUUAAUUACCAGAGAGAGACAGGUUCGACGGCCUUGUUCUUCGCCUCGCAGCAGGGACACCAUGACAUCGUGAAGCUGCUGUUUGAGUUCGGCGCCUCCACCGAACUACGGACAAAGGAUGGCGGCACAGCUCUCACCGUUGCCUCGCAGUACGGACACUCGACAGUGGUGGACGUCCUGUUGAAGAACGGAGCCAACGUUCACGAGAGGCUAAACGAUGGAGCUACACCGUUAUUCCUCGCUGCGCAGGGGGGUCAUGUGACUGUGAUUCGUCAGCUGCUGGCUUCUGGCGCCAGGGUGAACCAAGCAAGGGAGGAUGGCACUGUACCCUUGUGGAUGGCAGCUCAGAUGGGACACAGUGAGGUGGUGAAGGUCCUUCUGCUACGCGGAGCAGAUCGGGAUGCUGACAGAUUAGAUGGAUCGACAGCGUUAUUCAAAGCAGCGCUGAAAGGACACAACGGCGUCGUCGAGGAGCUGCUGAAAUUUUCUCCUGCGCUCGGCCUUCUCAAGAAUGGCUCCACCGCCCUUCACGCUGCCGUCAUGGGUGGGAAUAUUCGGACUGUACUUCUGCUGCUCGGAGCCAACGCCAAUCCCGCUUUACCCAAUGAGCAUAACGAACUCCCCGCCGAUCUCACAAAGAGCGAUCGCAUCCUGAGGGUUUUACGGCAGAAAGCUGUGAACGGAGACAGUUGAUGAAAGCCCGGACUCUCCUCCUUCACGCCGGACUCUCGCAUGACGACGCGUCGUGAGGGGGUGGGAAGAACCACGUCAACGGUGUCGAAUCUGCUCAACGGCGACAUGUACUGUACACGGUGCUUGGUUAACAAUAGUGGCUGAAACAAAGCUGUGAAAAGCUGAACAAACUUGAACUGAAUGUAAGAUAACACAGACAUCUAUUAGCCUUCUCUAUGCUGUUUUUUUCCUCAGCACACAUUUAUUUGUUUACCUCUGAUGAUAGAGGAAUUAUGGAUAUUUUGCACACUAUUUAUUGGCCUUUUCAAUAAAUGUUAUAAAUGCACUAUCAGUCUCUGGCAUCUGGUUCUAAGAUGGCAGGCCUUGUAACAGGACACAACAAUAAACAAUAACAUGUCGUAACA